AUGGCUCAAUUUGUCCAGGUCUUGACUGAGAUAGGCGACUUCGGUCGCUUCCAGAUAAUGCUACUGAUAUUGUUGAGUAUCCCCAACUUCCUGUCUGCCUUUUACAUGUUUGCCCAGGUUUUCAUGGUCCUUGAUGAGACCCACUACUGUUCAGUGGCUUGGGUCAAGAACCACACUUUCAACCUAACUUCUACUGAUCAGCUGAACCUGAGUGUGCCUCUGGAUGCUGCUGGCAAGCCUGAGUCCUGCCUCAUGUUCCGGCCACCCCCUGAUAACGCCAGCCUGGAGGACAUCCUCAGCCACCGGUUCAAUGAGACACAGCCUUGUGCAGCUGGCUGGGACUACCCUGAAAACAAGUCCCAGUCCCUUACAAAUGAGUUUGACCUGGUUUGUGAUCGGAAGCACCUGAAGGAGACCUCACAGUCAGUGUUCAUGGCAGGGCUCCUCGUUGGAUCUGUCAUCUUUGGGCCCCUCUGUGACAGGAUUGGCCGUAAGAUUACUAUCCUGGUGCAGCUGCUACUCCUAGCCCUCAUUGGCCUGUCCACAGCCUUUGUGCCUAGCUUUGAGCUCUACACAGCCCUGCGCUUUGCUGUGGCCACUGCUGUCGCUGGAUACACCUUCAGCAACGUCACCCUACUUACAGAGUGGGUAGGGCCCUCAUGGAGGACCAAAGCUGUUGUCCUGGCCCACUGUGCCUUCUCCAUUGGGCUGAUGGUACUAUCAGGACUUGCCUAUGGCAUCCAGAACUGGCGGCUCUUCCAAAUUGCUGGCACUGCCCCUGUCUUGCUGCUCUUCUUCUAUGUCUGGGCCCUCCCAGAAUCUGCACGGUGGCUCCUGACCCAGGGGAAGGUAGAGGAGGCAAAACAAGUGAUUCAGAAGGCAGCCUCAGUCAACAAGCGGAAACUCUCCCCAGAGCUCCUGAGCCAGUUGGUUCCAGAGAAGAAAGGCCCUUCAGAGAAUGCCCUGGAUUUGUUCCGAUACCCCCAGCUCAGGAAGGUGACCCUGAUUCUCUUCUGUGUCUGGUUUGUGGACUCUCUGACAUACUUUGGCCUGAGCCUUCAAGUAGGAGACUUUGGCCUGGACAUCUACCUGACACAGCUAGUCUUUGGAGCAGUUGAGGUGCCUGCCCGCUAUUCCAGCAUCUUCAUGAUGGAGAAGUUAGGCCGCAAGUGGAGCCAGCUGGGGACUCUAGUUCUGGGUGGCCUCAUGUGUAUCACCAUCAUCUUCAUCCCUGCAGAUUGGCCUGUGGUGGUCACUGUGCUGGCCAUAGUGGGGAAGUUUGCCACGGCUGCUGGAUUUACCAUCUCCUAUGUGUACUCUGCUGAACUCUUCCCCACCAUUAUUCGGCAAACAGGCAUGGGGCUAGUUGCCAUCUUCUCAAGGAUCGGGGGCAUCCUCUCACCACUCGUGAUCCUGCUGGAAGAGUACCAUGCGGCCAUCCCUAUGCUUAUCUAUGGCAGUCUUCCCAUCAUGGCAGGCUUGCUCUGUGCCCUACUACCAGAGACACGUGGCCAGACCCUGAAAGACACCAUAAAGGAUAUGGAGCAGGCAUCCCAUGAACGGUCUGCAAAGCCAGUGCACUCAGAAAAAGGAACGGAGGCCAUAGAAAGAGAUCCCAACCCAGAGGUGGCCUGUGUGAGCAGCACUUACUUCUGA